AUGCCUACUCGAAAGGAUCCCUUGUCAGCUGUGCCGGCGACUCCGACACGGCAGAGCUCAGAUCCUCCAGCCGUGAUACCGUCGCCCGAGAGGAAAGGGUCAUUGUCAAGCAAUAGCACGUCUAAUUCUGCACCGCCGACCCCGACCAUCAAACAGCAGUCUCAUAUAUGUCAGUCGUGUGGACGAGGGUUCUCCAGGGCAGAGCAUCUUGACCGGCAUCUAGCUACUCAUUUGCCACCGUCCGAGGCAAAGACAUAUAUAUGUACCCUGUGUACAAAGGGAUUUACCCGGAAAGAUGUCUUGAGUCGACAUAUCAAAGCUGUUCACCAGACAAAGAAGAUUGAAGUUAAGAAAUCGAGACGAAGGAGUUGUAUAAGAUGUGCUGGGUUUAAGAUCAAAUGUUCAAGUGGUGCUUCGAAAGGCCGGACGGUUGUGGCGCCGUGUGAUGCAUGUGCAAGGAGGGGCCAUGAGUGUGUCUUCGAUGCGGAUUCGGAUUUAAUCGUCAUUCGUAGGGAGUCUCUCAAUGAUCCUACCGAGGCGGAUAUCAACGACGAAGACGACGAUGAUGUAGAUGAUGAUGAUGACGACAUGAACGCCAUGGACUUGAUGGAGACAAUGGAGACCAGCGACUCGAUGGAUUCUGCGCCCCAGCCGCUCAAACUUGGAGAACUUGAAACGAGAGAACCCUCACUCAAACGGCGAAGGACUAUAGACGAAGGCCAGCCUUCUGCUUUCCAAAUAGACCAUCGAAGCAUGAAGUCGAUAGAUUCUGGUAUUGGGACUUCUAGUGGUAGGUCUUCUUCUUUGGGGUCGACUGCCACUAUUUUCUCGAAACAAGAGUCCAUGAAUGCAGGGUCGACGUAUCCUCAUUAUAAUCCGAAUCUUCCCGGAUUCGGUGGGGCGCCCCCGCCAGUAAAUUAUGGCCAUUACUUUGGUUCUGGCCGCGGGAGCAGUAGCAGCACUUCUCUCUCAUCGUCGCCAUCAUUCACUUCUUUCCCUCAUGCCCAACUACCUAGAGGCUAUGUUGAAAGGGAUUCACGUAAGAGCUCCGGCUGGCCAGGUUUGUCGCAAGAUGAGUACAUGGCAGCUGAUGCUCUUAAUGGAAUGGUCCCAGGCGGUCGGCCCUACGAUUCAUUCAGCUACUUCGACUCCAUGAAGAAGAGUCUUGGAAGUGGUUCAUCAAGUCGAUACGGUUCUCGAGAACCUGCUAUGCUUAGUAGUCUACAGUUAUUCCAGAAACUAGAUGACCCGGCUGAGAACUGGUUCUUCGACCCCAGCAUAUUUGAAUUCGACUUUUUGAGAGAAGACUUUUCCUUACACUCAAUCCCAGAGGAAUUACCGUUUGGCAGGCCUGAAAAGGCGCCACAUGCUUACCUCAACCCUUCAGUCUUAACGCUCUCUAAAAGUCCCUCCCUCAACACCUCGUUUCCUUCUUCAAGCUGGGGGGCAUCAUCAAACCAGCAUUCUCCACAGGAUCAGAGCCCCAGUGGUAUAGAAGGGCCACGUUUUCAACAAGAAAUCAGACUCCCCCAUGUUGGCUCCGCACCUCCAUAUCUUGCUGAGGAUUCGUUGCCAUGGGAUUGGCAGUCUUCGAGUCACCGGGAACCUAGAAUUAUAUUGCCACCCCUCCGAGAACUACUACAGGCUCCACAGCAGGGAUUCCACAGGCAAGCCGGACUCCAACGCAGUCAUGAAAUACCUAGUGGCAGAGACCGACAGUCACCUAAGGAGACUAUUAUUUCAGAACAAGUCAGAAAGGAUAUGCUCACGAUAUUGAAAGCGCCUUAUGAGAGGUUGCCGCAUAAUAAUGUGGAUCUUAGGGAUGAGAAAUUCCCCUCCAAUGAGGUGUUAAAUGAGUUCGUCCAGCUCUACCUCAGGCACUUCCAUGCUGUAUUACCGAUGCUUCACAUUCCUACCUUCACGACUGAUUCAUGUCCAAAUUUUCUUUUGAUCACAAUUGCCACCAUCGGCGCUAGAUACCAUACGUCCGAACAUGCUAUUGAGUUCGCGGACAAUCUCAACGCCCUUUGCUAUAAGGCUCUGAACUGGUUGGGAGAGUACAAUGAGGAUUAUAAGCAGUCGGCUUCUUACCUCAUGGCAUUCUGUCUCCAGAGUGUAUACGCUCUAGGAGCUGGGAACAAGCGACUGUUCGAGAUGGCCGAUGCAACCCGAUCGUAUAUGAUUAAUGCAUGCCGUAACCUGGGACUCUUUACUACACCCGGUGGAAGAUCACCUCGCCCUCGUCCCAAGCCGACGACUGAAGACCCUUUCCUCCCGUCAACAGACCUAAGCGACCUGGAAAAGAUCCAACAACACUGGCUGGACUGGAGAGAGGAAGAAUUCAAGAAGCGACUCGCUUGGUGUAUCUUUGAAUGCGACUGUGCGAUUAGUGUUCUCACGAAUAGGAGAGGGAAUAUUGCCUUGACAGACCUUUGCUUGCCUCUGCCCUGUGAAGAAGUUUUGUGGGAAGCACCUGAUAGCCAGGCAUGGGCAGCACUCUAUCCAAGGCACAAAUCAAUCCCUCCACGUGGGAUGCCAUUUUACUUUGUUUUGCGAGACAUCUUAAACGGCCAUCAAGACCAGCUCAGCCUGUCAGCUUGGGGGCGAAGACUCUGCGCACAAGGUAUCAGUCGCAUGAUUUGGGAUAUUAGAGAGAUAGAAACCAGUCCCCUUGGACGCAUUGUACAACUACCAGUUCUCUCAGUUGGUUUGAAGCCCGCCAAGGAUGACCUCUUGAAGGCAUCUAUGAUUCUCUUAAACUCUACUCCGAACGAUGAUACCAAAUACGUAGACUCCAGUAUAACCGCAAUUGUCGUUCACUACGCACAUCUCUACGCCACAAGGGACGUUGUUGAUUUGGCCAUCAGUUUAGCCAAACAUUCCGCCACGGGGAAAUUCGUGGAGAGGAUGGAGCGGAUCAACCGAAUAAAGAAUAUAUUCACGUCAGACAUGGUCAAUGCACGAGAACUCGCUUGGCACGCUGGUCAAAUUCUCGCAGCUGGCCGAAGGUACAAUCUUCAUACUAGCUCGGACUGCCUUCGGGUUUUCAUCGCUGGAGUGUAUUUACACGCCUUCGCAAAAUAUUUCCCCACCACCACACAAUACCUUUCCUCAGUUACUGAAGAGCACUCUGCGGCCCCUCCAGACGAUGCCGUCAGGUUGGAUAGCUUGUGUUCCUCAAACAAUGAUUCGAUAAACUACUGGAUUAAACAUGGUGGAAAGGCAAGACUUGAGCGCAUUGGCGACCUGCAUUCGAUCGAAGGGGCCAGGGAAGUGCUCAGGCUUGUCGAGUCACUACUUCAGCGUAUGAAACUUUGGGGCAUUUGCGACAAAUUUCUCAAAGUCGUUCAGGAAAUUUUACACGAAGACUAG